AUGGGGUCUCCAGCAGCCCUGCCCUGCCUGCUCCUUCUCAUCCUGCACCUCACAGCUGGAGGAUCAGCAGUGCUGCAUUACGUGGUUACGUCCCCAGCUGUGAUCUACCACCCCCACACAGCGACGCUGUGGGUCCAUCUCAGCGAACUCCCCCAGCCUGCCCAGGUGACCGUCCAGCUGCAGAGAGCAGGGGGGGCUGGCAACAUCACCCUGCUGGAGAGGAAGGUGCAGGAGCCUCACGUGCAUCUGAAUGUCACCUUCAUCGCUCCAGCCCCCUCCAAGGGGAAGGAGGAAAUCGUCGAUCUGCACGUCUCAAUCCAGGGAGAUUCCCUGGAUGUCUCCAAAAAGAAGAAGGUGAUGCUGAGAGCCCUGGAGCCUGGGAUCUUCAUACAGACAGACAAGGCUGUCUACAAGCCUGGGCAGCAAGUGAAGUUUCGAAUCAUCUCUUUGGAUAAAGACUUCGUGGCCAGUGACAAGCAGCUGCCCCUCGUGUUCCUGAAGGACCCCAGAGGGAACCGCAUCGCGCAGUGGCGAGACGUGAGCCCGCGGCAGGGCAUUGUGGACCUGUCCCUCCCGCUGGCCGCGGAGCCAGCCCUGGGCACAUACACCAUUGAGGUGGAGGGGAAGACUCGCUCCUUCAGCGUGGAGGAAUACGUGCUGCCCAAGUUCGAGGUGACCAUUGACGUCCCCCCCAUCGUGCUGGAGAAAGACAAGAAGCUUCGGGUGGAGAUUUGUGGGAGGUACACCUACGGGAAACCCGUCCAGGGGAAGGUCCAGGCCACCGUGUGCAGGCCCUUCUUGUUCGGCUGGGUGAUGUACGUUCCUGGGCAAUCCUCACCAAGGACAAACUGCAUCGAGGUUGGCGGGCAGACCGAGAAGAAUGGCUGCUUUUCGACAGAAGUUUUGAUGGCUUCCUUCAACCAGACCAACGGCAGGCUUCAGAAGCGCAUGCAAGUCAAGGCGUCACUGGUGGAGGAGGGGACAGGGCUGGAGAUGAACAACACAAAGAGCUUUGACAUUUUGCCUGAAAUCUACAAGGUUACCUUCGAGAACACCGAAGGCUUCUACAAGCGUGGGAUUCCCUACACCGGGAUGGGACCUGGUGGCUCUGCCCCCAAGGAGAAGCAGCUGGUGCUCAUCGUUCACCAUCAAGGAGAAGCUACAAGACACAGCUUCCUGACUGACACGUCGGGGAGAGCCUCCUUCGAGCUGGACACCUCUCGUUGGACUGGCACUGUCACCCUGCGUGGUCAAGUCAACGAGUCGGCUCACACCCAGGAGAGCAGUGGCUCGUCACCCCUCUAUGAAGCAGCUUUUGCGGACCUGCGCCCCUUCGUUUCGAAGAGCCAGAGCUUCCUGCACAUCCACAGGCUGGAGAGCAAGCUGCCCUGCAGCCAGCCCCAGCAGCUCCAGGUGGAUUACAUCUUCAACAAGGAAGCCUUGGGGACUGAGCUGCAGAGACUGGAUGUGGUCUUCCUGGUCAUGGCCAAGGGGACCAUUGCCACCAUCCUCAGGAAGGAGCUGCCUGUGGAGGCAGGGCUGAAAGGCUCCUUCUCCCUGGAACUGCCUGUUGGCCCCGAGCUGGCGCCCACGGCCACGGUGCUGUGCUAUGCGGUGCUGCACAGCGGCGAGAUGGUGGCUGACAGCACCAAGCUCAGCCUGGCCAAGUGCCUCCCCAACAAGGUGAAGCUGGCCUUUUCGGAGGAACGGGCGCUGCCUGGCUCAGCACUGAGGCUGGAGCUGGAGGCAGCCCCGAGUUCCCUGUGUGCCAUCCGCGCCGUGGACCGGAGCAUGCUGCUCUUGAAACCUGAGGCUGAGCUCAGCAUGGAGGAGAUCUACAAACUCCUGCCCAAUUUUGACUCCCCUGGAAGCAUUCGAGACCCAGAGCCCUGUUCACCUUUCUGGAGACAUCCCCGCUUAUCCCGCACCCCACCUAUGAGAAACACAGACGUUUUUCUCCAUUCAAGGAGGUAUUUUUUACCUCCACCUUUCUGGGAAAAUUUCCAGGUGGACGCCUACAAGUUAUUUCAGGACGCAGCACUGAAACUUCUCACCAAUGCCAAGAUCAGGACUGCUUGCGAAGAGUGGUUCGACAUGCCUGACUUACCUGACAUGGGCUUUGUGGGUCCUACAGAUAACAUAAUGUUCUCUUCGGGAUAUCUGAUGAAAAAUAGGAUGGGUAUCCCUGCUGUCGUCAGCCGUACCUUAGAGGUACCUCCCAUCCAGGAGGAGCCACCGGCUCCGCGGUCGUACUUCCCAGAGACGUGGCUGUGGGACCUGGUCCCCGUGGGGGAGGGGGGCUCCGUGGAGGUGCCAGUGACGGUGCCCGAUGCCAUCACGGAGUGGACAGCCGGGAUGUUCUGCACGGCACCCACGGGCUUGGGGAUAGCCCCUACCAUCACCCUCUUGACCUUCAAGCCCUUCUUCGUGGAGCUGGCGCUGCCCUAUGCUGUGACCCGAGGCGAAACCUUCACCCUGACCGCCACCGUCUUCAACUACCUGCGGCAGUGCCUGCGGGUUCGGGUGAUGCUGGCGGAGUCGGCGGAGCUGGAGGUGUCAGAGACCGCGGGCGGGAUGUACAGCGGCUGCGUCUGUGCGGAUGAAGCCAGGACCUUCCGGUGGGACGUGAAAGCCACCAGCCUGGGGGAGGUGAACAUCACCAUCAGCACCGAGGCCAUAAACUCAGAGGAGCUCUGUGGUAAUGAGGAGCCCGUGGUGCCAGCCCAGGGACGCGUGGACACCGUGAUAAAGCCCUUGCUGGUGCAGCCCGGGGGCAUCCUGGUGGAGAAGGCACACAGCUCCCUGCUCUGCCAGGAAGCCGCUGAAGAAGUCUCCCUGAAGCUUCCUGCAAACAUCUUGGAGGGCUCCCAGCGAGCCCACGUCACCGUGAUGGGCGACAUCAUGGGCAACGCGCUGCAGAACGUGGACCGCCUCCUGGCCAUGCCCUAUGGCUGCGGGGAGCAGAACAUGGUCCGCUUCGCCCCCAACAUCUACAUCCAGCAGUACCUGGAGAAGAGCGGGCAGCUGACCCCUGACAUCCGUGCCAAGGCGCAGGGCUUCCUGCAGAGCGGGUACCAGCGAGAGCUGCUCUACAAGCACGCUGACGGCUCUUACAGUGCUUUUGGGGAGAGCGAUGCCAGCGGCAACACCUGGCUGACGGCAUUUGUCCUCAAGUCCUUCGGGCAAGCCAGAGCCUACGUGGCCAUCGAGGAACAGCACAUCACGGAUGCUCUGCGCUGGCUGCAGAGUCAGCAGCUGAAGACGGGAUGCUUCCGCAGUGUGGGCAAGCUCUUCAACAAUGCCCUGCAGGGCGGUGUAUCGGAUGAGCUCUCGCUGUCGGCUUAUGUCACGGCUGCGCUGCUGGAGCUGGGGGCGUCCCCAACGGAACCCAUGGUGAGCUUGGCCCUGGAGUGCCUGGAGGCUUCGAGCACCGACGACCUCUACACGCAGGCCCUGCUGGCCUACGUCUGCGGGCUGGCGGGACGCGAGGAGCAGCGCCAAGCCCGGCUGCAGAGCCUUGUGCAGCGCGGCGUCAGCACAGAGGGGCAGCUCUUCUGGCAGAGGAAGGGGAAGGCUCUGCCCACGGAGUCCCUCUGGGCUGCGGCCGCGCCGGCAGAGGUGGAGAUGACCGCCUAUGUCCUCCUGGCACACCUGACCCAGCCCCAGGUGUCCUCCACUGACCUGGCCAGAGCCUCCCAAAUUGUCCGCUGGCUCAGCAGGCAGCAAAACCCCUACGGGGGCUUUGCCUCCACGCAGGACACCGUGGUGGCCCUGCAAGCUUUGGCCAAGUAUGCCACUCUGACGUACGGCAGCAACGGGGACUUCGUGGUGACGGUGACAGCCCCGGCGGGCUCCAUGCAGGACUUCGUGCUGGACGCGAGCAAUCGGCUGGUGCUGCAGCGGGCAGCCCUGCACGAGCUGCCGGGGCUGUACGCGGUGCAAGCCCGCGGGCAGGGCUGCGCACUGGUGCAGGUGACCCUGCGCUACAACGUGCCACCACCGCCCAGCGCGGGGACGUUCGACCUCCGUGUGGAGACAGAGCCCAAGACGUGUAGUGCGGACGCCAGUGCCCGCUUCCACCUCCUCCUCCGGGCACGGUACACCGGGGAGCGCCCCACCACCAACAUGGCUGUCAUCGAGGCCAAGCUGCCGUCUGGCUACAUCCCAGACAAGGGCUCGGUGGUGGAGCUGAAGAGGCAGAAGCUAGUGAAGAAGGUGGAGGUGCAGACCGACCAGGUGACAAUUUACCUGGACCAGCUGACGAAGGAGGAGGAGACCUUUGUCUUCACAGCCACGCAGGACUUCCCCGUGAGGAACCUCCAGCCGGCCACCGUGACGCUGUACGACUACUACGAGACGGGUGACCGCACGGAUGCUGCCUACAGCGCUCCUUGCAGCUCAGAGGCUGACAGCCAGGAAAAGGAGAAUUUCUAGUGGAGCCUGAGGUGUGGCAGCUGGUCCCUCUCUGCUCAUCCCAAUGCCCUCAGCCAAGAACCAGGACAGCCAAAGAUUUCUGCUCCCCCUGGCCACAGCCCCAAGCCCUCCACAGGAGGAGAACAUGGCCCAGGCCUUGUUACCUGCCCUGGGUCUAAAUAAAUACAUUUUCUUAAGUGCAUCUUU